AUAGAGACGGUUUGUUGAUUCCCAGCUUGAACUCAACUGAACACGGAGGAACUGCUCCAGGAUUAGUUCACUGUUCCGUCAGAGGAAGUAUUUCAUAACUUUUGACUCUGUGAUCCGGUUUUGAUUCAUUCGACCCACUUCUGUGAACCGACAGGUACUGAUUCGACUCAGUUCUGGUCAGAUCAGUUAAACCCUGAUCCAUGAUUUUUAGCUUGCACAUGCGUACUGACAUCCUCUUUAAGUUGGGAAUUUGACCGACGUGCGUCUGUCUCUUAUCUUGAGUGCAUUUUUCAAGGUGUAGUGAUGUCACAGCAGGACAUCAUUGAUUUUUCUGCGCUGGAGAAGGAGCUCAAGGCGGCGGUGGAGUCUGAGAGAAAAUACCAGCGGGAAAACCAAGCGAAGCUGAGGGCCGUGAGCCAGGGAGUGGAUUACGAUCAGUUCAGGUGCAUCGCCAGGAAGUUUAAGGUCUGGUAGAGAAGAUCCAGGAGGGUCUGAGGUGGGAUAUCAGCGGGAAUAUGAAGAGUUGCUGAUUUCUUAAAGAUUCAUGGGUCAGUUUACUCUCCUGGAAGCUUGAUGGAUCCCUGGAAGUGUUCCUGGAAUCACUUCCUAAAUCUUAUCCAAGAGUUUUCUACAGAGUUCAGUGAACUUCAAGAGUCUUUAAAACAUCCCAGUGUUCCAUAAUAUAACAUGACAGUUAUUUAAAUGAAGGGAUCUAUCUAAAAUACUCCAGGAGGUAAGAAAAACAUUUACAUUUCUAUUGAGGGCUCCUUGGAAUGCUUUAUGAGAAUAUAUGAGAAAGUUCCAUGUUGUCCUGGAAUUUUUACAGUCAUAAACAGGAUAAUUGUCCAAAUAUUUAUUGGAUGAGUUCCAGGUAGCUCCUCCUGGAUCUUCCCAGCUGUAAUAAUCUAUACAUUUUUGGCGUUUCCAGGUUAAUGAUGUGUGUGUCUUUCCCUCAGAGGUCUGGUUCUGACCUCUCACCUGAAGCCUCUGGACAAGAAGGACAGAGACGGAGGUCCCCGGAAACAGCCAUGGAACCCUGUAGCUCCGGGAAACACGUGAUGGAUCAUCACUCCAGGCAGGACGGUCCAAUCUCCAUCCAGUACGAACUCUGUGGCGUGAUCCUGCUGUUUGUUCUAGGUUUAUGAAAGUUUAGCUUCAAGUGUUUUAUUGCAAAACAUUGAUUUGAUUUUUAUCUGUUUAUUAAACAUCAAGAACUCCAGAUAUAAGCUAACAGUUUCUCCUUGAAUGUUUCUAAUAAACUUCUCAUUUUAAAAUCCCUGCAGUAUUCCAGGCGUUUUUUGAAUUUUUCACAGAGGUACUUCUGGAUAUUUCUUCAACCAAGCAGAGUAGGAGGCACUGCAGCAGUCACUUCUGGUGUUUGGUAUAAACUUUAGUUUAACUCUAAGGCUCUCUGAACAGCUGAAAAAGUUGGGUGUCAGGAAUCUCUGAGGGCAGUUGGGUAACUGAAGUGAUUCUGGUGUUGCUUAGGACAUAAGAGAAGCUACUAAGUGGGUUAAGAUGCCUCUGAGAGGCCUUUGGGUAUCUCUCAAGGGUUCAGGUGUCUGAAGGAGAUUCAGGGUAUCUCUUUGAGGAGUUCAGGUAUCUCCAAAGUGGGUUUAGGGGUCUCAGACAGGUAUCUCUAAAGGGGUUUUGGUGUCUUUGAGGAGGAUUCAGGAGUGUUGGGUAUCUCUCCAGCUUGGUUCAGGUAAUUCGGAGAACGUUUCAGGUCAUUUGGGAGAGGGUGUUUCUCAAAAGGGUUUGUGUUGAGAAGAAACCCAAACUUUUUUAGGGAAGUUUGGGUUUCUUUUAGAGUGAUUCAGUCUAACGGGACGUUAUACCUCCUUUGUCUGACCAGGAGCAUCUUUUAGGAAUGUGUAGGUUUUUUAAAGGGGUUCAUGUAUCGCAAAACUAGACUUUAAAUAUCUCUCAGGGUGAUUAGAGGAAGUGAAUGGAAAGAAAGUCUCCUUGAUGCUUCUGAUGACUCAAUUUGUUUCUUUGAGUUGAUGAGGAACAGGAAGUGGUUUAAACUGAGCAGGUUCCCAUCUAGCGCUAAAACGCAGGGAGGAGCGCUCACUCUGACCAAUUUCUGCAAGCUCAUACAUGGUGCUUUGGGUUUUUGUGGUUGCUGUGAGGAGUGAGUGAUCUGUCUAACAGAGAGGAUCUCUGGCUGCAGCAGUAGAGGAAAUUUGGAGCUGCAGAGUGAAGUUUGUCAGAAACAGGAGGUUGUUCAUCACUUCAUCACUCUGUUUCUCUCCGGUUUCUGAUCAAACCAGUUGAUUUCUGUGGACUAUCGCUUCUGGGAUCAUGAAGGAUCAAAACUAUAAGGACGAGGUGACGGAGAUUCUGGAGGAAGCUCCAAACGCCAGGAAAGCUCUGCAGGAAAACUAUCAAAACCUGCUCAAUGUGGCUGAUUACUGCUACAACACCUACACCCAGUCAGGUGAAAACAGCAAGAAGGCAUUGGAGGAAACUAAAAACUUUACCACCCAAUCAUUAGCCAGUGUUGCGUAUCAGAUCAGCACUCUGGCUAACAGCGUCCUGAGUCUGCUAGACGCUCAGACCAAUCAGCUUCGCCAGAUGGAGUCCUCCAUAAAUCUGAUUGGUCAGACCAUAGAAAUGCACAAAGAGAAAGUUGCACGGAGGGAAAUAGGUGCCUUCACGGCAGUCAGACGAGUUCCUCGCAACCAUAAGAUCAUCCCUCCAACUGGCACACAGCCCCGCCCAUCGUACAGCCGCCGACCAAUCAACUACCAGCAGCUGGACGAGAUCGGCCACGGCGUGAAGGUCUCUGGGAAACAGCCGGAGAAAACGGGAACGAUCCGGAAACACGGAGCCUCCAUCAGGUCCAACAAAGCUCCUGAGCCAGUUCAGUGCCCAGUGGCGCCCCCUGCUGGAGGGUCCAGCUUUGGGAAACCUGUAGCUCCGCCCACCAUCCCCACCAUCGGCCAGGCUCCACCUGACUCUGACAUCCUCACCAGUUUGCUGGACGAAGCUCCACUUCCUCCUCCUCUCCCUGACGAGACGUUGCCUCAGAGUGGGGAUGCCAUCUCCGGCCUGCCCCCUCCUCCUCCGCCUCCUGAUUCCUCAGGACUGAUGGUGGCUCCAACGGCUCCUCCUCCUCCUCCGCCUCCUCCUCCUGGUUCCUCUGGAGUUGUGAUCAAUCAAAGCGCCCCACCUCCCCCUCCACCUCCUCCUCCACCUCCUUCUUCUUCUGGGGUUGUGAUCAAUCACAGCGCUCCUGCUCCUCCUCCAAUCGCACCGCUCACCCUAGAAACAGUGGUGGAGGAGAACAGCCUGCCGCCUCCUUCCCCUCCACCUCCCUCUGAUAAUAACGGCUUCCCACCAUUACCCAAUGAUGGCUCAGAUUUUCUAGCCCCGCCCCCACCGCCUCCACCUCCCCAGGAAGGAGACGUGACCCUCACAUCUCGGAGGAGUCGCCGCCGCCGCUCGCCUCCAACCACUCGCUCUGUCUCUCUGCGGGUUCGCUCAGGCCCCGCCUCUCGCUGCCGCUACACUCGCUCUCUCUUCUUGCCUGCAGUCCAGUCAUUCAGGAUCCCCCCUCCUCCCCCCUACCCUCCCCCUCAUGCCCCCCCAGAGCCCGCUGCCUCUUCAUCCUCCUCUUCCUCUUCCCCCUUCCCCCUGCUCUCUCGCUCUUCCUCCGCCUUCCCUCGGCUCUGCUUACCUGCUCGCCUCGAACACCUGGAUCUUCAGAUCUUAGCCCCGCCCCCUCCUCUUCCAUUGGAUGAUAUUGGAGGUUUUGAUGACAUCAUGCCGCCCCUUCCUCCUCCAGUGGACUAUGACAUCAAUGCUCCUCCAGACUACCUGGAGAAAGUGGUGGCGCUGUAUACUUACGAGGCUUCCAAGCCUGACGACCUCCCUCUAACUGAGGGGGACAUCGUCUACGUGAUGCGUCGCCAUGACGACGGCUGGUGUGAGGGCGUCUGUAAUGGCCGGGAAGGCUUCUUCCCGAAGAACUACGUCCAGGCAUGUGACUAGAUGAAGCCACGCCCCUUUUCUGUUUGCUGUGGAGAUGCUUAUUUUUUUUUGUUUUAUUCAUCAAAACAAGUUAUGGAGAUACAUUAUUAUUCCAUCUAUAAGUAGGUAAUUAAUAUGUGUCUGAGUGUAAAUAACAGAAAUAAAGUUUAUCUGAAAAGCUC